AUGAAAAUGUUUUCUAACUCCAAAUCGACUCUCAACUUCCUGUCAGGUCUGUGCAGAUACUCUCAAAGAGUACCUCAGGCCCUUCGAAGCAAAAAACCAAAGUCAAUUAGAAACACAGUACAAAACUUUGUAGAUUUCAAACAGCUGAGAGCUUUAGGUGGUACUGGAGGAGAUGGCUGUAUUUCCUUUCUAUCCCUUUUCUGCAAUGAAUUUGCAGGACCAGAUGGUGGUGAUGGAGGCAAUGGAGGCCAUGUAAUAUUUCAAUCUUCACAUGACAUUAAAGAUUUGAAUCAUGUACCUACUCUGGUUAGAGCAUUAGAUGGAGAGAAGGGCUAUAAUAAAGAGUGUCAUGGCAAGAAUGCUGAACAUAAUGUUGUACCAGUACCUAUUGGAACCAUUAUAAAAAAUGCAGAUGGUAAAAUUGUUGGAGAUUUGUCCAAUGAAGGAUUGAUGUUUGUAGCAGCUAGAGGAGGUGCAGGAGGCAAAGGGAAUAGAUUUUUCAUCUCAGACACAGAGCAGGCACCAAAAGUUUGUGAAUUUGGGGCACCUGGAGAAGAUCUUGAGUAUACUAUUGAGAUUAAAAGUAUGGCUCAUGUUGGUUUAAUAGGGUUGCCAAAUGCUGGUAAAAGUACUUUACUGAGAGCAAUAUCAAGAGCUAGGCCCAAAGUAGCUCCAUAUCCUUUCACUACAUUGAAGCCUCACCUUGGUAUGGUUCAGUAUGAUGAUUAUGAACAAAUUGCAGUUGCUGAUUUACCUGGUUUGAUCCCAGACUCACACAAAAAUAAGGGCCUUGGCAUACAAUUCUUGAAACAUGCAGAACGUUGCAUGGCUCUGCUCUAUAUAAUUGAUAUGUCACUUCCAGAACCUUGGCUGCAUCUAAGCACACUCCAGUAUGAGCUGUCACAGUUCAGUGAGAGUUUGAAGCAUAGACCACAAAUAGUUAUAGGGAAUAAAGUGGAUUUGCCAGAGGCCAAAGGAAAAAUAGAACAGAUGAGGGAGCAUACACAUUUACCCAUUAUUGCAAUAAGUGCAAAGUUGGGUACAAAUGUAGCAGAGCUUCUUAGAGAAAUAAGGGUUAUAUAUGAUGAGAAUGAGGAGUUGAAUAAAGGAGUCUAG